UUUCCUUCUUUGCUUCGUAUGUCGCCAUGUCGAUGCCAAUAGUACUUUGGUUAUUAUGUCUUUGUUAUGUGGUUCAGACCUACGCUAACGAUAUGUUGGGUCCAGGAAUGUGGUCGCUGAUAAGUAUAGGCGACUGUUCGUUAGACUUGGAAAAUGAGGUAGCGACCUUUGAAGUUAACAAACACAAACUGAACCGCACGCACGACGGCUUCUCCGCUACUAUUGUUGCGUCUGAAACUAUUGACGAUAAAUACGGGGGUUUGGUAGAAGUAUGUAAGUAUGUUGAUGGUGGAUGCAAGCAGUACCAAGUUGUUUCCGACAACAAUGUGGUCAGCAUGUUGAACAAGUACUCGAAGGAGAACGUCAUUAGUGCUCUUACGUUAGCCAAUAUCGAUCCGCCGGAAUUCCCAAUCGAAAAGGGAGAGUACCACGUGGAGGACUAUGUGUUGGAAUACUGCAAGUUGCCGCAAGAGGCAAUUUACGGAGAAUUCGAAGCUUUGUCAUUUCUAGUGCUGAAUAACGAAAAAGUCGCUUGCGUUAAAUGUGUUUUAGAAUUCAAUAAACUGGAAGAUGAAGACUAUUGCAAGGAAUAAUAAGCAUUUGUAUUAAUGCUAUUAAUUUCUUUUAAUUUUUGUGAUUUUCAAAUUAUUUAGAAUAAAUUAUUUGUAUAUA